AUGCCAUCGAAAGCACUUGCGACAGCCGAAGACAAGAACAAAGUUAGGCGAGCUUUGCCUAAUUCAAAAAUCUAUGCAGCUACUGUAGCGCGCCUAUACGUGGCAUAUCCGAAUCCGAACAAGUGGGCCUAUUCAAACAUUUGGGGUGCUGUUGUCUUCCUCAAGGAUAAAAAGAAAAAGUCUCUUUAUUUCAAGAUUGUGGAUCUACUGCAUCCUCGAGAUAUACUAUGGGAGCAGGAGUUGUACGAUGGUUUCGAAUUGGAGAUGGCGACACCUUUCUUUUUCACCUUUGCUGGGGAUGAAUUCAUGAUGGGUCUCUCAUUUGCCGAUACAACCGAUGCCAAUGUCUUUUAUACCAAAGUAAUGGGCCGAGAACCAGUUGCACCUACCAAAAAGAAACCAUCAAAGAAAAAGAAAGAGAAUGGGAAAAAGGGCAAGAUUGACAAGACACAGAUUGGAUUGCCUGCAGAGUUUAGACAUUUAGGUCAUAUUGGAUACACUCCUGAAAAGGGUUUCAGCGUACAAAAUACGGAUCCAGAGUGGGAUGGUUUAUUCGACAAGCUACGUGAUCUUGGUAUCUCGGCAGAAGAAAUCCAUCAAAACAAGGACUUUAUCAAGGACUUUGUCAAUCAAAGAGGUGGUCCUCCUCCCCCUCCAGCAAGAAAAUCACGUCCACCACCUCCACCACCACCUUCUCGAAGAGCUGCACCCCCUCCACCUCCUGUUGGUGGUCGUCGUCCACCACCACCUCCGCCUCCAUCAAGACGUGCAGCUCCACCACCUCCUCCACCACCUCCACGUCCUGUAUCUCACAUCAAUACAAGCUCACCACCUCCACCACCACCAACACGUCAUGUAUCAUCUCGAGCAUCGAUACCAGCACCUCCACCUCCUGUACGUUCAACACCAACACCACCUUCCAUAGCAACGGCCCCCAUAGCAACACCGCCAACACCUGCACGACCAACAUCAGCAUUGCCUGCACCUCCUUCUUCAGAGCCAACAUCACCUGAACGUAUUACACCUACUCCACCAGCGGUACCACCUGUUGCACAAUCGACACGUAAAUCAAACAAUCCAUAUCUCAAUAUGAUGCCACCACAACAGCAGCAACAACAACAACAGGAGCAACAACCUUCUGCAAAUGAUGAUGAUGCAUUCUAUCACAAAUCAGCUUUUGCUACUCAAUCAAGUGAUGAAGAGGAAUCCGAAUCUGAAGAAGAGCAAGAACAUGAACAUGAACAUCACCAUCAGCCUCAAGCUCCACCUCCACCACCUCCACCAACACGUGCACCACCACCUCCUGUACCUCCAUUGCCAUCUACCAAACGACCAGUACCACCACCUCCACCACCAUUACCAUCACGUGAUAAAAGAGGACCUCCACCAUUACCUUCUACAGCUCCACCACCUGUUCCAAGUGCUCCACGUCCUUCAACAUCGGUUCCACCACCACCACCUCCACCACCUCCACCACCAGUUUCUUUAGCAGAUGGUGUACCACCACCUCCACCUCCUCCACCUCCACCUCAAACAUCAGCAGGAGGCAUUCCACCACCUCCACCGCCUCCACCGCCACCUCAAACAUCAUCAGGAGGCAUUCCACCACCACCACCACCUCCACCACCACCAGCAACUCAAACAUCAAGCCCAAGCAUGACAGCACCUUCUCCUCAAAAACCUUCUCCAAGUGGUAGUAGUGAUGGUCGUUCUGCUUUAUUGGAUGCUAUUCGUGGUGCAGGUGGUGUAUCUUCCCUCAAAUCCACUCCCAGGGAAUUACGCAAUGAUCGAAGCACACCUUUCAGUUCACCUUCAUCCGCUGCUGGAGCUGCUGCUGGAGCUGGAGCUGCUGAAGUUGCAAGUGGUGGUGGUAAUGAUUUGACCAUGAGUUUGAUUGCUGCUUUGCAAGAUCGCAAGAAGGCGAUUCAAUCAGAUGAUUCGGAUACAAGUAGCGAUGAGAGUGAUUGGGACGAUUAG